AUGGCCAACACCACCUGGAUGGCCAACCACACUGGAUGGUCGGAUUUCAUCCUGAUGGGACUCUUCAGACGAUCCAAACAUCCAGCUCUACUGUGUGUGGUCAUUUUUGUGGUUUUCCUGAUGGCAUUGUCUGGAAAUGCUGUCCUGAUCCUUCUGAUACACUCUGACUCCCACCUCCACACCCCCAUGUACUUUUUCAUCAGUCAAUUGUCUCUCAUGGACAUGGUGUACAUUUCUGUCACUGUGCCCAAGAUGCUCCUGGACCAGGUCAUGGGUGUGAAUAAGAUCUCAGCCCCCGAGUGUGGGAUGCAGAUGUUCCUCUAUGUGACACUAGCAGGUUCGGAAUUUUUCCUUCUAGCCGCCAUGGCCUAUGACCGCUACGUGGCCAUCUGCCGUCCUCUCCGUUACCCUGUCCUCAUGACCCAUAGGGUGUGUCUCUUCCUGGCAUCGGGCUGCUGGUUCCUGGGCUCAGUGGAUGGCUUCAUGCUCACUCCCAUCACCAUGACCUUCCCGUUCUGUGGACCUCGGGACAUUCAUCAUUUCUUCUGUGAAGUCCCUGCUGUAUUGAAACUCUCCUGCUCGGACACCUCCCUCUAUGAGACCCUCAUGUACCUAUGCUGUGUCCUCAUGCUCCUCAUCCCUGUGACGGUCAUUUCAAGCCCCUAUUUACUCAUCCUCCUCACCAUCCACAGGAUGAACUCAGCAGAGGGCCGGAGAAAGGCCUUUGCCACCUGCUCCUCCCACCUGACUGUGGUGGUCCUCUUCUACGGGGCUGCCAUCUACACCUACAUGCUCCCCAGCUCCUACCACACCCCUGAGAAGGACAUGAUGGUAUCUGUCUUCUACAUCAUCCUCACUCCAGUGCUGAACCCUUUAAUCUAUAGUCUUAGGAAUAAGGAUGUCAUGGGGGCUCUGAAGAAAAUGUUAACUGUGAGAAUUGUCCUUUAAGGAAAUUAUAAAGUGGGACAUUUGGAUAUAAAGAUUUAUUUUCCUUUUCUCUAUCCAUCAGAUACUUAGGAUUUUUAUCCACAUGUUGUUCCUUAGACUCUCAUACAAUGAUGUCUCAUCUCAUAUUCAUCUCAUGUUGAGGAAUUCUUUCACUGUGUGGAAACUCUAUUUUACCGUCCUUGUCCACCCAAAAUUCUUAUACGAUUGUUUUGUACUAAUGUAACAUUUUUGGAAGUUGAUGACUGCUCUAAUUUUGUGAAAAAAUAUUCUUAAUCUUAGGAAAUGCAUAAUAAAAUAUUUAGAGGCAAAAAGGUCAUGAGGUGCUCAAAUGAUGAGAGGGAAAGAGGGAGGGAGAGAGACAGGGGCAAAGAAGCAGCACAAUGUUGCUGCCACAGGUGAGUCCAGGUGAAGGGUAUAUACAUAUUGUACUAUUUGUUAUUUAUGAUAGUUUUCUGUAAAUUUCAAAUCAUUUACAAAUAAUUAAAUACCACGCUUUUCUCCCUUUUUGAAAAUAUUCUCCAUUCUGCUUGGUGGAAUUGUGACAUCUUAGAAAUCAUGUUCAUUUCAUUGUGUCUAAUUAGAAAAUCCAGUCAUCACCUCUUUAUUGAGGACUACCUUUUUCUGCAUGGCCUGAUUCUGACAGCACCUAGUCGAUAUUGCCUCUCUGAAAUAUUCAGUGCCAUAUGGUAUACUGAGGAUGUAAGAUCACAUAAUGGACUGCUGAAAAAAUAUUACACCUGAGUGGAAGGAGUUUUAGGGAAGGUUACUUGCCCAGGGUGAUUCCUGAGCUGAGAUUUCAAACAUGUAACUUGUUAUACAAACAACAAGAGUUGACGGCAUCAGCAUUCAAUCCUUCAUUUAUUCAACAAACAUUUUGUGCUUUAUUAUAAUUAAAAAUAGCUAAGAUUAAAUUUGGAAUAGUACAUGGCUACUUUUUCCAAGGAAUUGGAGAAAUACAUGUAAUUUAUGCAAACAAAUGUAAUAAAUUGUUUUGAUACUCAUGUGUGAAGGGUACGGCUUAUAAGGGCACACUAAUUCCAUCUGUGACAUCUGAGUUCAAACAAGGAGCUGAGAGGAGACUCUGGGGCUCAGUGCUGAAUAGUGACUAGAAGUUACCCUCAGCUGAGUGUGUGAUAGUGGAACCAGGGAAAUGUGCUCAGAGACAUGCUGCAAGGGAAAGCACAGCAUGGGCAAAGACAGGCUCUCACCAAGAGAGAGAGAUCAAUGCUCCAGGAGAUCCUUCUUUCUUAUUUCAUUUUAGCCUCCUUUCUUGCCCAUGUGUGGCCCAGGGUUUUAAAAACAAUAGUGAAAUGGUCAGAUUUGCGUUUUGGAAAUGUUAUUUGUGUGGUAAUCAAUUGGAGAUGUACAAGACCAAAAACAUAGAGACCAGGUAAAGAGAAUGGUAAUCUAAAUGAUGUUGAUCUAAGUGGAGUCAACUGUGCCUUUACACCAGGAUAGGCUGAUAGGAGGACAUUUGAGGGUGGGGCCUGCUGAAGCUGUUACAUAAGCACAACUGUGGUAGCUGCAUGCCUAUAAUUUCCUAAUUGACUAUGU